AUGUCCACACACCUCAACCCGUCGAGCCAGCUCGGCUUCACCAUCUUGGGUCAUCAAGGGUCCCUCACCCAAACGAUAACUAGAACCCUUACAAUCACGAAUCCGAAUGAGCUACCGAUAGCUUUCAAGGUCAAGAACACUGCGCCAAAGUCGUAUUUCGUCCUUCCGAACUCUGGCCGUGUUGAAUCUGGCCAAAGUGUCGAUCUCUCCGUCAGCCUGAAGGAGGUACCUCUAUUAAAUGCAAAGUGCAAAGACAAGUUCCUAAUACAGUCGACUUUGAUAACACCGGAACGAGAAUCAGUCCCAUUUGGAGAUCUGUGGACUGGAUGGGGGACGGAUGAUGCUACUAAGAUCUACCAGCAAAAGCUUCGUGUCGUGCACCUCCCAGUAGAGGAAGCGCCAAUUCCAGAAGAUGCGACUGAACAACCCAGCAUGGUGGGGUCCGACGGUGAUGCUUCACAAUUCGACACAAUCAGAGAUAUAUCGACGGAUGACCAUCCAGCUGCUUCAGAACUCAUAGAGGCUGGUGACCUGCCUACUCCAGAACCCCAGCGAGUUUUACCCUCACUGCCCGCCCCUGAGCGCUCGGCGUCUCUCAUGUAUCCUGUGCUACAAUUGAACUUUGGAGCGAAUUUGCUCGGCGCCAUUCUUCUAUUGGUCCUUUACAUACUUCUUGUCCCAGAUUCCUGUUAAUUUAGUGAAUAUCAAGCUCUUGUAGGAAAGGUUAGAAACAAUGUUGAACGUAUCGUGGGAUACCCAGGCCAGAUAAACAGCUGGAGGGCCCCGGCACGCCCGAGCCAUAAAUGCUUAUGUAUAUUACGUAUACACACGUACUGGCAUGGUAUAUUCAGCGCUUGCACC